CAGUGAUUCGCACUGUUUCCUCACACCCCUGGGACCCGGGUUUGAGUCUCCGCCUGGGUUUCCUCUGGUUUCCCCCCACAGUCCAAAGACAUGCUGAGGCUGAUUGGUGUUACUAAAUUGUGUGUAAGACUGAAUGGUGUGUGAGUGUGCCCUGCGAUGGGCUGGCCCCCUAUCCUGGGUUGUUCCCUGUCUUGUGCCCAUUGCUUCCGGCAUAGGCUCCGGACCCCCGCGACCCGGCAGGAUAAGCAGUUUGGAAAAUGGAUGGAUGGAUAUUAACUGAAGUUAUUGAUGUAGUAAAAACAAAAAAGACAAGAUUUCCAUGACCAUCCUUUGUGUAACAAAUAACUAAAGAUGCAGCCUCAUACAUAAUGGUCCAGGUUUCAUUAGUAGUGGGAAAACCACUCAUAUUCUUUUCAGUUCUGGAUGCUGUAGGAAGCAUUUCUGUAAAUACUGGGUGUGGUGCAUGACUUUUUGGGUUCGAGUCCAUGAGCGGAAGGUCGUUGGUUCAAAUCUCCUGGCCGGCAGAGUGAUCUCAUCACUGGGUCCUUGAGCUGCAGGGGGCUGGAUGCUGGCCGACCCUGCGCUGUGACCCCCAAACUUCCUCCCACCUGUAUAUGUGUCGUGUGUCUCUUGGAGAGCAAUAUGGGAGGGGCGAAAAGACAACUUCCCCAUGGGGAUGAAUGAAGCAUCAUUAUUCAUAAAUCAUUCAAACAAACAUUUCUUCGAAAAGCCUUUUUCACAGGACUGAUAGCUCUCCGAUUAAUGUAUUGUUGAUUAGGGAUGGGCGGUAAGUGAAAAAUAUAUAUAUGUGUUAUUUUGGUUUAAAAAUAUCGUAAUAAAUAUUAAUUUAAUGAGUUCCACCCAAACACAGAAUGCAAUUUCAAUUCAGUUUUAUUUAUAUAGCGUGUUUCCACAUUACAUUCUCUCAAAGUGCUUUACAGCAAAGUGCUCAGUGAGAAAGUCAAAAGGGAACAGUGGCAAGGAAAAGCUCCCUAGAAGGAAGAAACCUUGGGAAGAACCAGAUUCAGAGGGGGAGCCCAUCCUCCAGGGGGUAGCAGAUGAAGCCCAAACCCUAACCAGACUCAAAGGGGGAGCCCAUCCUCCAGGGGGUAGCAGAUGAAGCCCAAACCCUAACCAGACACAAAGGGGGAGCCCAUCCUCCAGGGGGUAGCAGAUGAAGCCCAAACCCUAACCAGACUCAAAGGGGGAGCCCAUCCUCCAGGGGGGAACAGAGGAAGUCAAAUGAUCAAGAUGGUGAAAUCUCAAUUCACAUUGUGUCAAUCUCAACAUUUGAGUCACAAAGCAGGGGAUGACAGGCAAGUGCUGGAGCCACUUUAGAUGGCAGGGCGAACAGUAGUACAGUAGCAGUGACAGGCAGAAGGGUGAGCAGGCCGGAAGGAUGUCACAGGCAGAAGGGCGAGCAGGCCUGAAGGGCGUCACAGGCAGAAGGGCGAGCAGGCCGGAAGGACGUCACAGGGAGAAGUGCGAGCAGGCCGGAAGGACGUCACAGGGAGAAGUGCGAGCAGGCCGGAAGGACGUCACAGGCAGAAGGGCCAGCAGGCCGGAAGGACGUCACAGGGAGAAGUGCGAGCAGGCCGGAAGGACGUCACAGGCAGAAGGGCCAGCAGGCCGGAAGGGCGUCACAGGGAGAAGGGCGAGCAGGCCGGAAGGGCGUCAUAGGCAGAAGGGCGAGCAGGCCGGAAGGGCGUCACAGGCAGAAGGGCCAGCAGGCCGGAAGGACGUCACAGGGAGAAGUGCGAGCAGGCCGGAAGGGCGUCACAGGGAGAAGGGCGAGCAGGCCGGAAGGGCGUCACAGGCAGAAGGGCCAGCAGGCCGGAAGGGCGUCACAGGCAGAAGGGCGAGCAGGCCGGAAGGGCGUCACAGGCAGAAGGGCGGGCAGGCCGGAAGGGCGUCACAGGCAGAAGGGCGGGCAGGCCGGAAGGGCGUCACAGGCAGAAGGGCCAGCAGGCCGGAAGGACGUCACAGGCAGAAGGGCCAGCAGGCCGGAAGGGCGUCACAGGCAGAAGGGCGAGCAGGCCGGAAGGACGUCACAGGCAGAAGGGCCAGCAGGCCGGAAGGACGUCACAGGCAGAAGGGCCAGCAGGCCGGAAGGGCGUCACAGGCAGAAGGGCGGGCAGGCCGGAAGGGCGUCACUGGCAGAAGGGCGGGCAGGCCGGAAGGGCGUCACAGGCAGAAGGGCGGGCAGGCCGGAAGGGCGUCACAGGCAGAAGGGCGAGCAGGCCGGAAGGGCGUCACAGGCAGAAGGGCGAGCAGGCCGGAAGGGCGUCACAGGCAGAAGGGCGAGCAGGCCGGAAAGGUGGUACAGGUAGUGGAGAUGUCACAGGCAGCAGGGUAGGCAGGAUAUCUUGAUAAUUUGGGGUCUCCAGGCAGCACAGCCCAGGAGGAGGAGGGGAAAUAAAAUGUGCAAUUAGCCAAAGUAGGGGAGACCCAAUGCAGUGCAAAGAGUUAGACGAGUGCAGUAUGUAAGCUCCAGCAGAUAUGGCUAUCGCAGCAUAAGUAGGAGGGAGAGGCAGGUGGGAACGCAGGCAUGGGGGGUCCCUGAAAUGUCAGCACUCCAAUUCCACAAGGGGGUGUGAAGCUAGAGUGACAGCAAUUCAAUUCAAUUCAAUUUUAUUUAUAUAGCGCUUUUAUGAACAGUCACUGCCACAAAGGACUUUACAUAUAACUGGCCCGAACCGCAACCAAGCAAGCCUGAGGUGACAGUGGUAAGGAAAAACUCCCUCUAGCAGGAAGAAACCUUGAGAGGAACCUAGACUUGGAAGGGGACCCCAUCCUCCUCAGCACAACCGGGGAGCAUGAAAAUGUAUUCACAUUAACAUUAGUUCAAGUCCUACAACAGCACUGACAGUCCAGUUUAUCCAAAGCCAAUGGCACCGAUCCCCACCCAGCUCUACACCUCACACUAUAGGUCUGACUGGGAGUGAGCAGUUAGCUAGAGCUAGAACUAGAGUCCCUAUACGCUAAACUAAACAGGUGAGUUUUUAGUCUAGACUUGAAUAUUGAGAGUGAGCCUGAAACCCACACAUCUGGUGGAAGACCAUUCCACAGCUGAGCAGCUCUAUAACAGAAAGCUCUGCAGCCUGCCGUAGGUCUUUCUACCCUGGUACUAACAGAUAUCCUGCUCCUUGAGAACGAAGAAAGCGAGGAGGGUUGUAUAAGACCAGCAGAUUACUGAGGUAUUCUGGUGCAAGGCCAUUCAGUGUUUUUCAUGUGUGUGUGUAUAUAUAUAUAUAUAUAUAU